GGGCGGCGCGGAAGUGACGUCACGGGUUCAUGUGAUUGACGGAAACUGCAAUUGCGUUUCGGCCGGCACGGAAAUCGCUUUCCUUUCGGCUUCCGCUGCUGCCCCAUGUGUAGGACUGACUACUGAGAUGAGGGGGAACCGGGCUGCCCAGAGAUUUCUGGCCUUGAGCCAACAGCCAGAACUAGAAGACUUGACAAAAGACAAACCGUUGAGUGCCAGUGAAGAUGAGGAGGACAGUGAUGAUGAAAGAAAGCACCAAAAGUUUCUGGAAGCAAUCAGUUCCCUUGAUGGAAAGAAUAGGCGGAAUUUGGCUGAGAGAUCUGAGGCGAGUCUAAACGUGUCAGAGUUCAAUGUCAAUUCUAAAGGAUCAGGGGAAAAGCUGGUGCUUUCAGAUCUGCUUGAACCCAUAAAAACUUCAUCCUCAUUGGCCACUGUGAAAAAGCAACUGAAUAGAGUCAAAGCAAAGAAGACUGUGGAGUUACCCCUUAGCAAAGAAGAGGUUCAGCGGAUCCACAGAGAAGUCGCAUUCAACAAAACCUCAACAGCCCUGUCCAAAUGGGAUCCCAUUGUCCUCAAGAACCGACAAGCAGAGCAGCUGGUGUUCCCCCUGGGCAAAGAACCAUCAGCCUUUGCUCCAAUUGAACAUGUGUUCAGUGGCUGGAAGGCAAAAACUCCCCUGGAGCAAGAAGUAUUUAGUCUCCUUCAUAAGAACAAGCAGCCAUUGACUGAUCCUUUGCUGACACCCAUGGAAAAGGCCUCCUUGAAAGCCAUGAGCCUGGAAGAGGUUAAGAUGCGGCGAGCAGAGCUUCAGAGGGCACGGGCCCUGCAGUCCUACUAUGAGGCCAGGGCACGAAGAGAGAAGAAAAUCAAAAGCAAAAAGUAUCAUAAACUGCUGAAGAAAGAGAAGGCCAAGACAACCCUAAAAGAAUUCGAGAGACUGCAGAAGGUCGAUCCUGGUGCAGCUUUAGAAGAACUGGAAAAAAUUGAAAAGGCCCGGAUGAUGGAAAGAAUGAGUCUUAAGCACCAGAACAGUGGGAAAUGGGCAAAGUCAAAGGCUAUAAUGGCCAAAUAUGACCUGGAGGCUCGCCAGGCCAUGCAGGAACAAUUGGCCAAGAACAAAGAACUGACACAGAAACUCCAGGUAGCCUCCGAAGGUGAGGAAGAAGAGGUGGAGGAGGAGUGUGACGUGGAGGAAGCCGGGGAGCUCCUAGUUCCCAAUGCAGUGAAUGAGGCACAGCAGAAUGGAAUUGGGCCAAACCCCUGGAUGCUCAAGCGACGUCCAGAUGACACAGAAGAGAAGGACAUCCAGAAUGCCCCAGAACCAAUUUCAGAGCCUGUGGUACAGGAGGCUUCGGAGAGCGAGGAGGAAGAAGAAAGACCAGUGGCAGUGGAAGAAAUUAUGUUGCAAGAAUGUGAGGAAAGGCGAUUGCUCAGGCAAAAGGCUGAGCUCAGCAACAGCACUGAAGCAGUGGGUAGCCAGGCAACAAAAGAUUCUAGCAGCCAGGAGGUGCUAUCUGAAUUAAAGGCACUGUCUAAGAAACUCAACAAGGGCAAGCAGCAUGCCAAGAAGCCAAAAGAGAGUUCAGAGGAAACGGUUGUAGUAGCCCAGAGCCAGGCACCUGCCGAAGAAGAGGAAGAGGAGGCCCUGUUGCUGCAGAGGCCAGAAAGAGCUCAGACUGUGGAGGAGAUAGAAAAGCUGAGCCAAGAAGGGGCUGUGCAAAGCAGAGAGCAUCCUGGACCAAUGUCAGAAGGGCAGCAGAGGAAGAAGAGCCCAAGAACGCAGCCUGAGGCCCCCAAGAAGACAGGGAAGGAACAGAUGAUUGAUCUGCAGAAGCUCCUAACCACAAAAUCUCCUUCCGUGAAGUCAUUGGCAGUCCCCACGACGGUAAAGGAAAUGGAAGAUGAAGAUGAAGAGGAGCGGGCUCAGAAGCAGAUGACCAAGGAAGCCUUUGCUGGCGAUGACGUCAUCAGAGAUUUCUUGAAAGAAAAGAGGGAAGCCGAGGAGGCCAGUAAACCUAAAGACCUGGAUCUGACUCUGCCUGGUUGGGGCGAGUGGGGUGGCGGGGGCUUGAUGCCCAGUGCCAAGAAGAGACGCCGGUUUCUCAUUAAAGCCCCUGAGGGUCCUCCAAGGAAAGACAAACAUUUGCCAAAUGUGAUCAUCAAUGAGAAGCGAAACAUCCAUGCCGCGGCACAUCAGGUCCAAGAGCUUCCCCGUCCAUUCACCCACCAUCAGCAAUUUGAAAGAACAAUCCAGACUCCUAUAGGAUCAACAUGGAACACCCAGAGGGCCUUCCAAAAACUGACUACACCCAAGGUUGUCACCAAGCCAGGCCAUAUCAUUAAACCUAUAAAAGCAGAGGAUGUGGGUCACAGGUCUUCCUCAAGGUCGGACCUCUCUGUGGUACAGAGGAAUCCAGAGCGACUCACCUCGCGUCACAAAAAAUUGCUGCAGAAAAACUCUCGGUAAGAGGAGUGACAUCGUGGUGCCAGUACCUGCAAUACCAGCCGAGCUGUGGCCCAGUUUUAUUCCAGGCUGCGGGAUCAGUUUGAAAACAGGCUGAGCACAAUGGGAGUAGUUAAACCACAUUUGUUAAUAAAAAAGCA